AUGGAAAAUAAUAACAACUUUUUGUCUACUUUUAACAGUAUUACACCGAAACCUAAUGUCUUCAGUCAGCAGACAUUUAUGAAUUUUAUGAAGGCCAACAAAAAUGUACAUCAGGAUACAAAUAAAUUGAUCACGGAGGAUGAACUCAAAAAACAUGGAAAACCGCAUGAUUGUUGGAUUGUUUUCAAUGGCACAGUCUAUGAUAUCACUUAUUACCUCAAGCAUCACCCAGGAGGAUACGAUCAUUUACUGGAGUACGCCGGUAAAGACAUAACUGAGGAUUUUCGGAAUAUUCACCAAUGGGUAAAUAUUGGUCUAAUUCUCGAAAAUUGCAAGGUUGGAAAUCUUAUAAUAGAUUCCAAAUGA